GGAUUGGCUACUGGGCAUGGUACCGCCCAGCCCAAGUAGGCCUACGUCAUUACGCACACCUGCGCUAGACUUUGGGACAGUAGCACAACGCCUGUCAAAGCACUUCGCCGCAAAUUAAACUUUGGAAAUGACUACCUGUAAUUCUGUGGAUUUAGACAUCGCUAGUAAAGCAUGACACAUUUUCUACAAUACAUGGCUUUUUUGACAUUGACUUGGCAUCUCAAACCCAUGGGGGCAUAUCCGCGCUCUGGCCUCAACUUAGUAGGCAACAGGACAAGGCGGGAUUUCCCCUGCAGACCAGACCUAGAGUAUCUGGAUGGUAACAUCUGCUGUUUAUACUGUCCAGCUGGUACACGUAAGAUAUCGCCCUGCACCAGUGCAGGAGAGCAGGGGAAGUGUGAGGAAUGCGACGAUGGGACAUACACUGAGCACGCUAACGGACUGCAGCUGUGUUUGAAGUGCACACGGUGUCGCUCAGAUCAGGAAGUUGUAAGGCCAUGUACUCCAACUCAAGAUACUGAAUGUCAGUGCAAAUUGGGAAGAUUUUGUGCUCCUGACCAAGCAUGUGAGGUGUGCAAGACGUGUUCAAGUUGUGAAGAAGAUGAAGAGAUGGAGCGGGGUUGCACCUCUACUUCCAACACAGAGUGCAAGAAAAUCAAGAGCAAUGCUGGCUUUGCCUCAGCAAAGGCCUCUGUGAUUGUGCCACUUGUACUGGCUGCUGCUUUGGUUAUUGGUGGGAUAAUCAUUACUGUGUGCAGAAGGAGACGUCGUAAAGCAACAGAUACUCAGGGAAAUGUACCUGAUGGUCAAAAAGCUGGACUGCAUUACAGUCAAAACCGUUCCACUAAGGAAAGGAGCAACGGAGAAACCCCAGGGCAGAGCUGCUCGAAUCUGAUCCUGUCCCGGCAACUGGUGAGAGACAAAUCCUCGGCCGGCAUUGAGGAAGAGCGCAAAGUGCUGUGUGAAAGCCUCUGCAGCUCGGCCAGUAACUCCCAGCACAGUCUCACUGGCCUGCCCUGCUCUGCCUUCCCUGCAUAUCCCCCACCAGCCAGCCCCUUGGUCCCCACCCAAGCCAACAGCAGGGAAGAUAAGCAAUUUCCCAAGCUUGUUCCUGUGAAUGGUGAAGAGUCUCUGAGGAAAUGCUUUGAGUAUUUUGAAGAAAUAGACUUCUGCUACCACAAGAGAUUCUUCCGGCACCUUGGGAUAAUGGACAAUGUAAUCAAAAGCAAAGACCACCUUCUCUAUGAUGACAAGAUCCAUGAAUUGUUGAACAUUUGGGUGGAGAAAGAGGGCAGAGAAGCCACCUUAAAUGACCUGCUAAAAGCAUUACUUGAUUUAAAUCAAAGGCGAACAGCUGAGUCUGUCAAGGAAAAUGCUGUUCUCAAUGGUCAUUACUUUUGUGAUAAUGAGAGUUGAAUUGUUCAAGAAAACCCCUCGCAAACAGCACUCGAGAUGACAAAGACCGCUAACCUGUUCCCUGAAACAAUUUGAAACACACCGGAAUACUGUUUGUAUGAGCGUAGCAGAAGGCAACUUCCCAUAGUGGUCUUUUGGCAUAAAUAGUGAAUGUGUUCAGGCAUUAAAAACUCAUGGUGGGAGGUCUUUGUUGGAGUAAGCUUAAGUAUUGUCCAUACUGGUUGAAUAAGCACCUCUGAAGGCUACCUACUGUCCAUAGUGGUCUUUUGUUGAAUAGUAAAUCUAUUUGGACAAAAAAAAGCACAUAACUCUUACAUUUACGACGUGAUCAUUUUACUGAAGCUGCUGCUAUUUCAGUAAGGGCAUGCAGGUAAUGCAGGGCAUUGUUUAGUGGCUUAAUAAUAGUCAUUCUUGACCUUAUAUAUGUUCCAAAAUGAGCUUGAAUUCAGUUUUUUUUGUACUUGUUUAUCUUGUGUCUUAUUUAUCAGGUGGGAAAAACAUUUUUCCUUAAAAUGAGACCAAAUCUUAAGACAGGUUGAUUGUUACACCUAGUGAAUGUAAUGUUCAUCAGACCUUAUGAAUUAUGUCGUAAUGGCUGCACUGAUUGAGCAAUGGAACAUAUGAAGCAACAAACAUAGUGCCUUGUGAUCAGUUG